AUGAACAUUUCCCGUGGUCAUCACGGUACAAUCUUGUGUCUUUCCUCUUCGUCUCCGCACGAAAAUCCCAAACCUUUCUCAGCUGAGCCAGCUCAAAUACAGUCUCCAAUUGUAUGUCUUACAUAUCUACUCAGUUCACUUAAUUACGCGGGCACGAAUAUUGCAACGAUUGCUCUAUAUCUGCAGGUAGGCUGUCGCUUUCUUCACUCACAAACACGCGCACUAUAAAGCAAUGGCAGAAACCUCCGAUGACGCAAAGGACAUCGAGAAGCUCUACGAGUACGGAGAACGACUGAACGAGGCCAAAGACAAGUCUCAGAACUCGGAGGACUAUGGGAAUAUUAUAAAGACGGCCAAGAGUAGCAGCGUAAAAGCAAGACAAUUAGCAGCGCAGCUUAUUCCGAGGUUUUUUAAGUAUUUUCCAGGCCUAUCGGUCAAUGCUGUUGAUGCACAUCUUGAUUUGUGUGAAGCUGAAGAGCUUGGGAUUCGGGUGCAAGCUAUUCGCGGCCUUCCUCUUUUCUGCAAGGAUACACCAGAGCAUCUUUCUAAAAUUGUUGACAUUCUUGCACAGCUCCUUACGGCUGAGGAAAAUGUGGAGCGGGAUGCAGUGCAUAAAGCCCUUUUGUCCUUAUUGAGGCAAGAUGUAAAAGCUUCUUUGACAGCCCUGUUCAAGCACAUUGAGAGCAUCGACGAGCAAAUAAUAGAUGAAAAUCUCCGUGAGAGAACCUUAAUCUUUAUUAGAGAUAAGGUAUUUCCUCUUAAAGCUGAGCUCUUGAAGCCUUCCGAUCAAAUGGAAAGACACAUAACUGACCUUAUUAAAAAGAGUCUACAAGAUGUAACAGGAGUUGAAUUUAAAAUGUUUAUGGACUUUUUAAAAAACCUGAACAUAUUUGGAGAGAAAGCUCCUCCCGAGCGAGUGCAAGAACUUAUUGAAAUCAUUGAAGGCCAAGCUGAUUUGGAUGCACAAUUCAAUGUUACAGAUGGAGACCAUAUUGAUAGACUUAUUUCAUGUCUAUUCAUGGCUGUUCCAUUUUUCGAGAGAGGGGCAUCUAAUAGCAAGUUUUUCAACUACGUGAACAAACACAUUUUUUUAGUUUUUGAUGAGCUUCCUGAAGAACGAAGAGUGGACCUUCUUAAAAACAUUGCCGAGAGUUCACCUUACACCUCACCACAAGACUCGAGACAAAUCCUGCCUUCUGUCGUUCAGUUGUUAAAGAAGUACAUGCCUCGAAGAAAAGCAGGAGAAGAGAUGAACUUUACCUAUGUUGAAUGCUUGUUGUACACAUUCCACCAUUUAUCUCAUAAGGCUCCAAGUGCCACUAAUAGCUUAUGUGGUUUCAAGAUUGUCACUGGGCAACCAUCGGAUAGGCUAGGGGAGGACUUCUCUGAGCAAUACAAAGAUUUCACGGAGCGGUUGAACUGCGUUGAAGAGUUAGCGAGGGCUACAAUGAAGAAGUUAACCCAGGGAAUGGCUGAACACAACAAAGCAUUGGCAGCUGCUUCAUCUGAUGAAGCAAAGGAUAGAAUUAAAAUGCAGAAGCAGAACACUACGACUGGAUUGCGAACUUGCAAUAACAUCCUGGCUAUGACACAGCCACUGCACCCCAAGUCACCUUCAUUUAUUGGUGACAAGAGAGUUAAUUUGUCCUGGAAAGAAACUGUGAAAACUUCGACAACAUCUACUCCUACUGUUGGGGGGAAGCGUCCUGUUGAUGCUCUCAAUGGUGCUGGCAAUAGUGCUUCGAAAAAGGGGCGUGGAGCUGGCAAUAUGCAAAACCAGUAUGCUAAUAGGACAUUUGAAAGCCUGUCUUAUGGAGGGAGAAGUGGCUCAAGGGGCAAUGGCAGGGUGAGGGGCCGUGGUGGACGUGGGAGGGGAAGGGGAAGGAGCUACAGAUAAGUUUCCAUUCAGCCAUGUAGCAUAAAGAUUUGCACUUGAAGAGUUAUAAACUAGAUGAUAGAACGCAGUUCGAAAUUGAAUGUAUUGAUGUACUUCGUGUAUCCGGACCAACUUUUAAUGAGACUAAGAGAUGAGUUAAAUUUUCCCUUUUUUUUUUUUGUUAUUGGCGUGGAUGUAAUGAUAAUUAUGUUUACAGACCUGGAAUUCUUUGCAAUGACGAUUUUGGUGGCUGCUAAUCAUUUUUACAGACGUCUUUAA